AUGACAAAUCUUAAACUUUGCAUUGAUACGUACGCAUACAACAAUGAGUUGAAUGCGAACCGGCCAAACACAUCGUAUGCAUAUGCUCCGAUGGAGUUUACUAUCCUGAUGUUUCAAAUACUCGCCAACUACAUUAAGCUAAGGGGCGACACGACCGUGCUGGAGGAGGACAGAGAAAACGUCAAAAGAAUAGCGCGCGUGCUUGUGUAUUUUAAGCUACGCAACACAAACUACGAGCUUGGGAGUGAGCUUAGAAACAGCCUCUAUAGAGGCGCCAGCGCGAAGGAGGCGGUGCUGGGCAGGGAAAACGAAAGCAUUUUUGUGGAUGGGAUGGAAAACAUAAAAAUCGGGCAAAACAAGAGGAAUGACAUAUACCCAAGCCUCCAGAGGUUUGCCUUCCACGAGAAAAACCUCCAUGUUAUUCGGAAGAUUAUGUACUUUGCAGAAAGCAACCUAAUAGCCCAGAAGAAAAACAUGUGCCCAAGCAGACCCAGCACCCACUGGGAGACAGACAUGAAGCGCUCUGGCGAAAAGCAGAAAAGCUGCGCCGUGGAAGAGUAUCUGUGCGAAGACAGCAAGCACGCCCACAAAGUGUUGUUCUACACGCAGAUACACAGAGCGGCCAAGUGGGUCUUGGGCAUGAAUCUGCAAACCAUGUUUGGCAGCAGCAAACUGACCGGCUUCCAGGACAUGACUCUUAAAAAAGAAGCAAGGUUUUCCCCAGGAAGGAUAGCAGACUUUCCGCCGAGCAAAGAAAAACAGAAGGAGUCCGGCUUCAUGCUGCACUCGAGCACUCUGCUGGACGACGUGGGCAUGCGGAUCCAAAAGCUCUACAACAUAAAAAACUACAAGCACGCGGAGACGAGGACAAGAACUCUGGAAGCCUUGGCGUGCGCGCUUGAGUACAGAAUGCACAUAGAGGCUGCGUAUGCUGUGCUCCCCAUCGAGCACUUCAAGUCGUUCCCGUCUUCCCUCAACCUGUAUCUCAGGCACGUUAUCAUGUGCAAGUACCCACCCAACACUAGGAAGCCCGCGGGCUCUAGUUGCCCAGGCGGCGUGCCCUUCAACAACAAAACGCUGGAAAAGCUGUGGAAAAACAUGGGCAAGAUAGACAAAAAGCUGGCAGAGCUGAUGAAGACACACAAUCGCGUAAUCGCGGUGGUAUACUCGGAAAUGGACAAGGAAAUGGAAAAAAUGGGGCUUCCUCUUGCUGACGUCAAGGAUGCAGUUUUUAUGUUCCAGGAAACUCUCCCAGAGGAUCUUUUAAAAAACUUUAAUCACAUUAGAAGUCAAAAAGAAGUGAUUCCUCUGCUGGCCAUUGUUCAGAACAGCUAUGCGACAAACUCGCUAAAAAACCACGACAUUUUUUGCCAGCGCUUCCCAAGCUCAAAAAACCUGACGCUGUCCGUCAAGAACGGCUUCGGCAACUUCAAGACGCACCGAUCGGAGGAACACGGCAGGUUUUACGUGGAUACGCCAGCAGACAAGGCAGACAUGCCAACCCUGUACACCUACUACAGCAUGCUAAUCAACAAUGCUCUGGAGUCUUUGGGCUUGCAAGAGGAACCAGACAUUUUUGACAGGGAGCUAAUGUGCGACUACUACUGCGCCCCGCCCAAGGAAACGUACGAGGAUGUCAUAAUAGAGCUGCCGGGUGGGUUUAGGGUGAAUCUAUUAAAAAGCCUCACACAGGCACAGCUGAUCAAGGCCAAGAAUAUAUUGCAAGUGUUUACAGCCAAGAAGCCCGGAGUGCGGGGGUAA